AUGACAGCUUUCAAAGAUGAAACUACGUUAAAUAUGUCAGCUAAUUUCAAAACCAGCAUGAAAGAGUUGAAGGUUAUGAAGCAACGGAUAGCUGAGACAGAGGUUGAGACAGAGAUUGGGAAAAGCUCCCCUACCAAGCAUCUACUGAAUCAACUCUGUGAUGAUCCUCAGUCAAUGCAGACAGACAUACCAGUAGAAAAAAUGCCUACUUUGACUGGACAAGAGGAUAGUGAGAAUGACAUUGUUCUUGUGGAGCGACCUCAAAAGGCUGGGAUUAAAUGCACUGUUUUCCCAAGAAGAAGGAAAACAAAGAAAUCAAAGAAAAUAAUAAGUCCUAGAAUAUUAGAAGCUGUGAUUAAGAAAUUAAGUCAACCUCCAAAGAUUCUUAAAAGGUCUGUGUCUCUGGGAAGACUUUGUAUUCAUGAUAAAUUCAGUAUCAAGGUGUCUGCAGCAAUCAAACAAUAUCAGAGCCACAGCAUCCCUUGCUUGUUAGAUUUUGAAAAGUUUGCAGAAAUGAGGGGUGGAAUUCCAAAAGAAACUUCUGCUCGCAUGUGGGUCAGUGGAAUAUGGACCUGCUGGUUUGAUGAAACUUUCCCUCCUAGUGGGACUGCUUCUGAGGAGAAGGAUACUGAAUUACUGAAAGGAACUGAGACAGUGGACUCUAAAGAAGCAAAUCUACAAAUAGAACUAGUUGACUCAAUACAACCUGUUCUUCUUGAAGGUGCAACAGUUAGUAUUGAAGAUUUAGAAGAAGAAGCUAUAAGCUUAGAACCACUGCUGCUUAAUGCUUACUGGCAUAGACAUUUGAUUUACCUCUUUCAAGACAGAAUUUCUGCUGCUUUGGAUGACCUAAAUUUUAUAACUAAAUGGAGCAAAAAUAAAGCAGAUACAUACCUGUCAAGGGCUGAAAUUUACAGAAAACAGGGUGAUAAUGCAUUGGCAAUCCUCAAUUAUAGCUCUGCAAUACAAUGCAGUCCUACAGAUGAUGACAUUUAUUUUAGGAGAGCUGAGUUGUAUUUUGAAGAAAAUCAAUUAUUAUUGGCCAUGGAUGAUUACGCCAAAUGUUUUCAGUAUAACCCAAAAAGAACAGAUGCACUUAUGAAACAUGGAAUACAUUUCUUUGACCAUUCAGUUUUGACUAUAGCUAUUCAGGAUUUUACAGCUGUGAUCAAGGAAGACCCCAGCAAUGCUCAGGCGAGGCUCUAUCGAGGAAGAGUGUAUGCGAAGCAGCAGCAGUAUAGAAAUGCAAUACAAGACUUAGCAGCGGCAGUUCAUCUAGACCCUUCUUGUUGGUUAGCAUUCUAUUAUAGAGGUUGCAUACUGCGACAGAUUGACCCAAAAAGAGCUGUGCAGGACUUCAGUGUUUCUGCAAAAGGAAAUACAUUUUCUGGUUUUAGCUCUGUCAUCUUUGCUUACCUAAAUAUUGGUUUGAUACUGCUGUUGCACCUCAAUCAAUACUAUGAAGCUAUUCAACAGUUUACUAAUGCCAUUGGAAUUGAUCCUCUCAAUGUUCGAGCCUAUGUAUGCAGAGCGCAAGCAUAUCAGAAGGAUGCUGUGAGAAGUUUUAAAAACGCUAUGAAGCUCCUGAUGACCUCAGCAAAAAUCCUGCCUAAUACAUUUGAAGCUGCAGAAAUGUAUUAUCUCACAGGCCUGUGUUACAUGGAGCAAAAAAGUUUAUUACAGGCCCGUGAUGCUUUUAGUAUGGCUAUUAGACUACAUUCAAGUUACCCUGAUGCUUUUUAUCAGCGAGGGCUGUGUAGAAUGCAGCUCAGAGAAGCUAAGUGCAUCCGAGAUUUCAAUCGAGUGCUUGCCCUUUGUCCAUCACAUUUCCAGGCGUAUAUGAGUCGUGCUGCUUACUAUGGAAGUAAGGGUAGAUACUCUAAGGCAAUUCUGAAUUGCAAUGAGGCAAUCAAAAUUCUUCCUGACAGUGUGCAAGCUUAUUUUUACCGAGGAACUUUAAAGUAUCAAAAUAAGACAUUUAAAGCUGCAAUUGAAGAUCUUUCCAAAACUAUCGACCUCAACAAAACCUGUAUUUUGGCAUAUUAUAACAGAGCCAUCUGUUAUCAUCAAAUAAAGGACUUCAGAAAGGCUUUGAAAGAUUAUGGAAUUCUUCUUCUUCUUGAAUUGAAUAAGGAAAUUGCUUUUAAAGUGUUAAUUAAUCGUGGACUGCUCUACAUGGAACUUGGUGAUUAUGCUAAUGCAUGUGAGGACUUUAAAGAAGCAAAUAUACUUAGUCCAGAUGAUAGCCAGAUCUUUCACGCUAUUGGUAUCUGCUAUCAUAGACUUCAUGAGUUUAAAGAAGCUGUGAGAUCGUUUGACCAGGUUCUCAAACUAGAUCCUGUUUCUGUGGAUGCCUAUGUUGGACGAGGAAAUUCGUACAUGGAAAAUGGACAUGAGGCUGGUUGUAAACAAGCGCAGAAAGAUUUCUUGAGAGCAAUUCACCUGAAUCCAAAGUGUAUAAAAGCCAGAAUUUGCUUAGGAUACAACUUGCAGGCCCUUGGAAAGCUUCAGAGAGCAUGGAGACAAUUUACAGUUGCCAUUUGCAUUGAUCCAAAAUGCUAUGCUGCAUAUGAUGGACGAGCUUCAGUCUGUCUUCAAAUGGGUGAAACUUUUGCUGCAUUUCAAGAUACUAAUGCUGCUCUAAAGCUCACUACCACUGCUCCACUGCUAACAAAUCGGGGUGUCAUCAACCAGUUAAUGGGAUAUCUACCCUGUGCCAUGAAGGACUAUCAACAAGCAAUUUCUGUUGACCCAAACUAUGCAUUAGCCUAUUUCAAUGCAGCAAAUAUCUACUUCCAUAAUCGACAGUUUUCACAGGCCUAUCAUUAUUAUUCCAAGGUAUUACAACUUGACCCAGGAAAUGAAUCUGCUGUUAUGAAUCGUGCUAUUACAAAUACAUUACUAAACAAUAUUGAAGAAGCAAAAAAAGACUUUGAGAAGGCAAUUUGUCUGUGCCCAUUCUCUGCAGCAGUGUAUUUUAACAGGGCAAAUUUCUAUAAUGGAUUGAAGCAAUAUGAACUAGCUGAGAAAGAUAUUUCAACAGCAUUGUCAAUCCAGCCUAAUGAUGCCUUGAUGUAUAAAUUUAGAGCUGAUAUUCGUGGUAAAUUGGGUUUCAAUAAAGAGGCUGUAGAAGACUACAAACAAGCAAUCAGCAUUCAAGAACAGAUUGAUGACAUGUGA